CUUCUCCGUCUGCUAUUCUAGGGUUUGUGCUGAUCCAAGCUUGCUCAGAGGAUUCGCCGCCGCAGCUACGUGCUCAGAAGCCCCCAACAGCCACCAUGGGUCGUAUGCACAGUCGAGGUAAGGGUAUUUCUUCUUCAGCAAUUCCAUACAAGAGGACUCCACCCAGUUGGUUGAAGAUCUCUUCCCAGGAUGUUGAUGACAAUAUCUGCAAAUUUGCAAAGAAGGGUCUUACACCUUCCCAAAUUGGUGUUAUUCUUCGUGAUUCUCAUGGAAUUGCUCAGGUUAAGAGUGUGACUGGUAGUAAAAUCUUGCGGAUUCUCAAGGCCCAUGGACUGGCUCCUGAGAUUCCUGAGGACCUUUACCACCUCAUCAAGAAAGCUGUUGCAAUCCGGAAGCAUCUGGAGAGGAACAGGAAGGAUAAGGAUUCUAAGUUCAGAUUGAUUCUUGUUGAGAGCAGAAUACACAGACUUGCCCGCUACUAUAAGAAGACAAAGAAGCUUCCACCUGUCUGGAAGUACGAAUCCACCACCGCCAGCACUCUUGUUGCCUGAGAAGAAUUUUGCAUUUGGAUGUUAUUUUUAAUCUUAUGAAAAUGUCUGGAUUUGAUUCAAGAAUGUAGCUUGUUCUGUACUUUGUUAAAUGUUUUGUCAAAGACCUAUUGCACCAUUUUGGCCUUCCAGUCUUGAGUUCUUUUCAUCUUAAAUGUCUUUUGUAAGUUCUUUCACUUCAGCAUUAUCACUUGACAA